UCGCCAUGAAAGUUUGCACAGAAAAGGAAUUUGCUUUGGCAGGAAGGUGCAUACAUUAAACAUAUACGAAUCUUAUAGGUGCAUAGACUAGCAAUGCUUAGAAAAUAAAAUAUGCAAUAAAAUAUAAAGUUGCCCUAAUUUACAGUAGGCCUAUAAAAAUACAAGUAUUACAAAAAAUACCAAAAAUAUAUUACAUUUAUCAGAAUAAUAGCCUAUCCUAUUAAAGCCUAUAAUUAACCACUGAUCUGUGCUUUUACCUAUCCUUUACCACCCGUAUUUAACCGAUCUUCCUAUUUAUAAACAAGAAAGGACUUAACAAUAACCGAGAAAAGAUAGAAGAUGUCAACUAUGUCAUUCAUAAUGGAACGAGGCCUGGACAACGAGAGCACGCGACCUGGCGCGCGACCUGGCUGGUUGCCCUGGCUACUAUCUACCACGCAAUUUUAACUUUCAGUGCGACUUCAUCCCUUUCCUGGUAAGUAGCAUAUAAAUGAACCUGCUCGAUUUUUCAUGUGAAGUCUACGUUUUGAUGAAGUUGCUAGCCAUAAUUCCUCUGUUUUUGCAACAAAACAUAGAAGCCCAACUGUAUUGAAAUGUUUGUAAAAAUCUUUUGCAGUAUAAACAUUUAAGAAUAGGAGGUAUAUUAUCUAGCUCAAGCUAGCAUUGUACAGUGCAUGCGCCGUUAGCCAGCCAGCCAGAUUUGAGCGGGCUCAGCUAGCUGAGCUAGUAAAUGUAUCUAGUGUCCGAUUUCCUGCUUGCAGGACUCGAAAUUUAGCAAGAUGAGCACCAGUAGUAGUCUGUAAUAUCAGGCAGAAUAGUUGACAUAAUUUCAGAUGGGCUGGUUAGACUAAGAAAAUAUAUGUCUUCUAUACUUCUAUAUGCUCUUGUUCAUUUAUUUUUUUAACCUUCUGUUGCAGCUCCAUUUAACCCAUUUGCCCUUCUCCAAAACCUACUACCUGUUUGUUACCAAACCAACCCAAAGGCUCUUUUAAGAACCACAUAUUUCUUUCUUAUUCUAUUGCUCUAUCUAUCUCUCUCAUUUUCUCCUCUCUGACUCUGUCAGUUUUGAGUAUUUUAAAUGGCAGGAGGAUCUGUAAAAAAGCCAGCUGCCAUUUUUGCAAAACCUCAAUGUUUUAUGCACAAAAAAUGUGUGGCAGCUGUAAGCAGCAGCAACCGACAAAAAAGAUCUUACAAAAAAGGCUUUCAAAAUUUGAUGCCCGAAGAGAAGUGUGGGCAGCUGGUUUGAAGAUGAACCACAACGUUGCAGCCUUACACAACGAUGCCAUUUUAUUGCUCGAGAAACUCCAGGCUGUAGGGUACAAACCCACUCUCCUCCUUGCCAAAGGCCACAAGAAGCCUUUUAAAUGUGAAGUGUUAACCCUGCGUUCCAUCCUUAAUGAAUGCUCUCAGGACUGCAUGAGCAAUAUAAAGGAGGUAUAUGCAGUCUUGUGUGAAGGGUGGACUGAGGAUUCACUGGGCACACAGAGUCCUCCGACCUCAGACCUCUGUGGACAUCCUGAACAGGGACCAGUUUUCACCCUGACACUGGUCCCUGUCAACCCCCAGGAGACGUCGACCAGCCUGACCCCCGCACCCAGGGUUGAGACGUCGACCAGCCUGACCACCGCACCCAGGGUCGAGACGUCAACCAGCCUGACCCCCGCACCCAGGGUCGAGACGUCGACCAGCCUGACCCCCGCACCCAGGGUCGAGACGUCGACUAGCCUGACCCCCGCACCCACGGUCGAGACGUCGACCAGCCUGACCCCAGCACCCAGGGUCGAGACGUCGACCAGCCUGACCCCCGCACCCAGGGUUGAGACGUCGACCAGCCUGACCACCGCACCCAGGGUCGAGACGUCAACCAGCCUGACCCCCGCACCCAGGGUCGAGACGUCGACCAGCCUGACCCCCGCACCCAGGGUCGAGACGUCGACUAGCCUGACCCCCGCACCCACGGUCGAGACGUCGACCAGCCUGACCCCAGCACCCAGGGUCGAGACGUCGACCAGCCUGACCCCCGCACCCAGGGUUGAGACGUCGACCAGCCUGACCCCCGGACCCAGGGUCAAGACGUCGAAUAAAGAGGCAAAGAAAGUCAGACAGCCGGACACAACAAAAGAAACAAAAGAAAGGUAG